UGGCGCGCGGCGGUUUGUCCGCUGCCGCUUCCUUUCAGGCCAUUAAAGAUCCCCCAAAUCCUGCGACCCCGAACUGGGACAGUCCGCAGCUUCCAGCGCCUGAGCCGUCGAAGAGCCGGCUGGGGACGGGUACGGCCCCUGCCAGCAGGAACCUGCAGUGGCUUGUCUCUGCUCCUAGAACAGCUCCCGGCAGGUAGAAGAUGCUCCUCCAUGGACUGUUUGCGCUGGCGCCCCUGCCUUGCCCAGGACAUCCUGGCUGUGCAGCCGUGUGUGACGCGAUGGGCCCGCUGCUCCUGGCCCUGCUGCUGCCCCUGCGUGGCGUCUCUGGGCUGCCUUUCUACAACGGCUUCUACUACUCCAACCGCCCUGAGGGCCGCAACCAGGGCAAUGGCCGCAGUGAAGGCCUUUUCAAUGGCGAGAAGCUGAUAGUGGAGACACCCGAGGAGACCCUGUUCACCUACCAAGGGGCCAGCGUGAUCCUGCCCUGCCGCUACCACUACCAGCCGGCCCUCGUUUCCCCGAGGCCCGUGCGCAUUAAAUGGUGGAAGCUGCCGGAGAACGGGGCCCCGGAGCUCGAUGUGCUGGUGGCCAUUGGGCCAAGGCACCGCUCCUUCGGCGACUACCAAGGCCGGGUGCGCCUGCGGCAGGAUAGCGAGCGGGAUGUCUCGCUGGAGAUCCAGGACCUACAGCUGGAGGACUACGGGCGCUACCGCUGCGAGGUCAUUGACGGGCUGGAGGACGAGAGCGGCCUGGUGGAGCUGGAGCUGCGGGGUGUGUGGUUUUUUUACCAGCCCCGGCAGGGGCGUUACCAGCUCAACUUCCACGAGGCACAGCAGGCCUGUGAGGAGCAGGGCUCGGUGGUGGCCUCCUUUGAGCAGCUCUUCCGGGCCUGGGAGGAGGGCCUGGACUGGUGCAACGCAGGCUGGCUGCAGGAUGCCUCGGUGCAGUACCCCAUCACGCUGCCCCGGCAGCCCUGCGGCGGCCUGGGCCUGGCUCCCGGCGUGCGCAGCUACGGCCUGCGCCACCGCCGCCUGCAUCGCUAUGAUGUGUUCUGCUUCGCCGCCGCCCUCAGGGGGAAGGUGUACUACCUGGAGCACCCCGAGAAGCUAACGCUGACAGAGGCAAGGGAGGCCUGCCGGGAAGAUGGCGCCCAGAUCGCCAAGGUGGGCCAGCUCUUUGCGGCCUGGAGGUUCCAUGGCUUGGACCGCUGUGAUGCUGGCUGGCUGGCCGAUGGCAGCGUCCGCUAUCCUGUGGCUCACCCCCGUCCCAACUGUGGUUCCCCAGAGCCUGGGGUCCGGAGCUUCGGUUUCCCAAACCCCCAGAGUCGCUCGUACGGCGUCUACUGCUACCACCAGCACUAGGGCCAGGGAGGCCAGCUCUGGCCCUGCUCCUGCCCCCUUCCCUCAGGGCUGUGUAUUUAUCGAGUUGUUCAUUUUCCCUCAUGGAUUGGGGCAAUUUCAGUAUUGUUUUUAUACUUCUCAACUUAAAGGCAUGUGCACUCACCAGAGAGAGGGAAAGUGAGAACUCAUCCCUGUGGGGGAUGACCAUGCU